AUGGUCGUCACAUACCGGAACAACCGGCUUGUGCCGGCGGUGAUCAUCACGGUCUGCCUCUGGAUGUCCUACUGGCUCAUCGACCCGACCGUAAACAACUGGCACGGCCUGAUCCCGGCGUGGAAAUCAUCAACGCUCGGCCAGGACCAUGACCGAGCAACACCCACACAACAACAACAACAACAACAACAACCAUGGGAAGCCGCUGCGACGCCGAUACGCCAAGACACUCCGGAGUCUCCAGCAGCAGCCGCCGGCGCAUCUCCAUCCGCACAACCCACCACCAGCGACAGCGACAGCGACAGCUCCAAGUCGCAGACGGCCACCCCGCAGCAGCACGGCAAGAGCAGCGGCGAUCUGACACCAAGCGACGUGCUCCUGAUUGUCAAGACGGGCACCACGUCGCUGUGGAAGCGGCUGCUCAUCCACCUGACCACCUCGCUGGCGCCGGAGCGGAUCCCGCUCGCCAACACGGUCAUCUACUCGGACCAUCCCGAGACCAUCGGCGGCUUCCGCAUCGUCGACGCGCUGGCCAACAUCACCGAGGCGACCAAGCGGCUCCCGGACUUUGACGUGUACCACCGCAACCCGGAGUACGCGGGCCACAACGUGUACGUGGAGGCGUCGGGCGUCGAGGGCGACAACUACGGCCCGCCGGGCGGCUGGAUCAUCGACAAGUACAAGUUCUUGCCGCUGAUGCAGCACGCGGGCGCGCACUGGCCGCAGGCCAAGUGGUACGUGUACAUGGAGGACGACGCGUACCUCUUCCUGCCGAGCAUCCUGGCCUACCUGUCCGGCUUCGACUGGCGCCAGCCGCACUACCUGGGCAGCUACGCGGCCAAGUCGGACGUGGUCUUCGCCCACGGCGGCGCCGGCUUCGCCCUCUCGCGGGCCGCCUGGGAGCAGUCCUUCGGCCAGAACCCGGCGCUGUCGGACGAGUUCGAGCAGUACACGGCCGACCACUGCUGCGGCGACCAGGUGCUGGGCCUCGCGCUGAACAAGCACGGCGUGCGCUUCGGCGAGAACGGCGGCGACGAGAAGUUCACCUGGGGCUUCAACCCCAUCGUGCACUGGCGCUUCGGCUUCGAGAAGUGGAACUGGUGCAGCCGGCUCAUGUCGUGGCACAAGGUCCACAGCCGCGACGUGGCGCGCUACUACGAGUUUGAGAGGAGCUGGGACUUUUCAAAACCGCUGCUCAACCGCGAUUUCUUCCUGGCCAUGAUCGCCCCGGACCUCCGGGACCGCGCCGAGUGGUGGGACAACCUGUCCGGCCUGUUCCAGGUCACGUCGGGCAACAAGGCGUCCCCCCCGGCGCCCGAGACCGAGCACGACGCGGCGCUGUGGAAGGACGCCUGGGCGUCGGUCGACGCCUGCGAGGCCGCCUGCAAGGCCUGGGCCGACUGCGUCCAGUGGAGCUACGUCGAGGACCUGUGCAGCAUGGACGACAAGUUCAUCAUGGGCCAGGGCUACGCGCCGGCCAUGUCGGAGCGCAAGACGGCGCUGAAGAGGACAAGCGGCUGGCUGAAGGAGAGGCUGGAGCGCUGGCAAUGCGACUGA